AUGAUCGAUCGAACUUUGAAAAUCAAAAACAAUCUAUCUGAACAAUUGAAACUUUUCUACGACUAUACCAAAGAUGUUCAAACAAGAGUCAUCAAACCCAAUCCACUACCUUCACCGAUCUUUCGUAUUAAUACGGAUAUAGCUCCUAUUCGAAAACCUGUUCCAAUCAAACUACCAGACAUUCCACGAUUGUCUUUGAAUACAAAUCCAUCGACUUCAAAAAGUGUUAAACCAUCCGAAGCAACAGCGAUCACACCAAUUCGAGAUUUAUCAAAGUUAUCCUUGAGUCUCAACAAUUCUACAAAAAUAACACCGAAACCUGAAUCAUCUUCAGCAAUCAAAAAGACUCAAGCAUCCAUUUCAUCGUUUUCACCAUAA